CUCAAAAAGCAGUUUGUCCUCUACGGAGCUGCGCGUUUUUUACCUUUCUCAUGUGUUUUUUCACGCUUUGUAAGCACCGUCGCUUCCGCCCGACGCCGUUUGACCCGAAUGCGUUCUCAACCCGCAGUGACACUUUUUGGGGAAAACAAAUGGGUUUUUGAUGUAACUUUGUUCGUGGGAAAUUGUUACAAACAGCGACCGGGCAAAGGUGUCCCGAGCAAGCGAGCGAGCGAGUCCUGGCGUGGAUUUCCCCUUGAACCGGCUCCCCGUUGGUCUCCGCUCGGGUAUGACUGCUGUCGAGGACAGUUGUUAAGAGCUCGGAGGGAGUGAGUUUAUGCGGCCCUUCAUCCUCCUCGGGGGACACCUAUGGAGAGGCGGCCCCGCGCGCUCUCACGCAGCUCCUGGAAGUCACUUUGCGGCAGAGAACGGCGCGGUGAAUGUUGACUUCGCCGACCUGGAUAGCAGCAGAAGACACACUUAACCUCAUUUGAAUGCCUUUGCAAGGGGUUUGCUGGUUUCUGUGCUGCAGGCAGGGCUUCAGUUUGCUCGGACGGGAGUAUGGGGAGAAAGAGGAGGAAGAGUCUUUUGAAUUACGCAACAAGGAGGACCUGACUCCCAAUGGACGGAGUCCUGCUGAAGUGACGGUUUCUCAACCGACUCUCACGGCCAAUGGAACAAACGGGCACACUGUGUCAGAGGUGUCAGAGAUGAAGAGUCUGAUCAUCGAGAAGAAUAAGAUGGGCCUGGAGGAAGAGCCUGAGCUGCUGGUCAAAGGGUGGCUGCUGCGGGAGGUGCGAGGGAACUGGAUCAAGCAGCGCCGGUAUUGGUUCGCACUGAGCCAGGACUCCCUCGACUACUACAGCGGACCAGAGAAAGGAGCCCGCAGACUGGGCACGCUGGUCCUCACCAGCCUCUGCUCCGUCAUCUGGCCGGACAAGCAGACUUACAAGGAAACAGGCCACUGGAGCAUCACAGUUUAUGGCCGAAAGCACUGCUACAGGCUGUACAGCAAGCACUUCAACGAGGCCGUGCACUGGGCGUGUGCCAUCCAGAAGAUCAUUGACACCAAAGCACCGGUGGAAACACCUACGCAGCUCCUGAUCCGAGACAUAGAGGAGAAUAAGUUCAACCCGGAGGUAGUGGAGCACAUCUACCAGCACAAUCCCAUCUUGAAGUACACCCAGGGGCCCUUGUACGCUCCUCUGCUGGCCUUUCCUUACGGCAGCCUGGAGCACACAUACCACGGUGGGCAAGGCUAUGGCUCGGUGCGUGAGGAGGCCGUGAAGCUCUUCAACUGCCUGCAGCAGCUGGAGUCGGCCCGGGAGCCGGUUCCCAUCAUCCAGGGCGUGCUGCAGACCUGCCUGGACCUGCGGCCUCUCCGGGAUGAGGUCUACUGCCAGCUGGUGAAGCAGAACAGCUACACGCCUGACCCGUACACUGCCGCACACCUCCGCUACUGGCAGCUUCUCACCUGCAUGAGCUGCACCUUCCGGCCCGGGCCCACUGUGCUCAAGUACCUGCGAUUCCACCUCAAGAGGAUCCAGAGCCAGAGUCCCGAGUCUGAGAUGGAUAACUACGCGUCUUUCAUCAGCGAGGCUCUGGAGAAGACCAAGUGUCGGGAGUGCGUGCCAUCCUGGGAGGAGAUCCAGAUGCUGAUGAGCCGACAGGAGAUGCUGUGCACCGUGCACUAUCCUGGCCCGCUGUCCUGCCAGCUCUACAUCAGCUCGCACACCACCGCCAAUGAGGUGGUUCGAAUGAUGCAGGAGAAGCUCGGCCUGCAGGAAAGCAAAAACACGUUUGCCUUGUACGAGCAGAAUGCGCUGUGGGAACAGCCGGUCGCUGGCGGCGCUCUGAUUGCAGAUAUCCUGACCAGCCUCUCCGCCAAAGAGUCAGAGUCCAGCUCCCAAUGGAAACUGUGUUUCAAGCUCUACUGCCUGUUGGAUGCUGACAGCAUAUCGUUGGACAGUAUCGAGUAUCUUUUCCUCUAUGAGCAGUGCCAUGAAAUGGUGGUGCGCGGCCAGCUGCCAGCCUGUGACGAGGACCUGCAGGCCUUAGCUUCCCUGAGGCUCCAGUGUCUGAUGGGGGACUUCAGCACACAUGCCCCGUGCCCUCCUCUGGACGAGCUUUUCCCGGGUCACCGGCUGGAAGCUCAGGUGGUCAUGUCCCUUUCUGCACCGCAAGCCUUGCCCCCGUGUCAGCUGGCGGCUCAGGACUGCCCCACGGCGCAGCGCUUCCCCACGGGCCUCCUGGCGGGGACGCUGUGGAGUCACGCGGCUACGGCCGCGCACAAGCAGAAGGCCGAGCAGGACAUGCGUCUGCGCAGCCGGCUGAAGGAGGAGGCGGCAACCGUCAUGGGGUCCAUCUUGGAGCGCUGGAAAGGUCUGGCCGGCUACAGCUGCAGGGACAGUAUGGCUGCCUACCUCACGAUUGCACGGCAGUGGUCGGGCUUUGGAUGCACCCUUUAUGAAGUGGACUUUUACAUAAGUUCCACGGGGUGUUUUUCCCAGAAGCUGUGGUUGGGUGUCGCUGCCACGUCCGUGUCGCUGUAUCGGCAGGAUGAGGCGGAGGCUCUGGAGUCCUUCCCUUACGGCCAGAUCUGCUCCUACGGAGUAUCUGAUAGCAACACCUUCAAGAUCACAGCUGGGGAUCGGGAUCUGCUGUUUGAAACCACCAAGCUGACUGAGAUCAUGCAGCUGAUGAAUGCGUAUUUCGGUGCCAUCCGUCGCCAGCGGGGGAAAGACGCGGACGUCACCGUAACAGAAAGCACAGAGGUCGGAUUCCACCACCUGGGCUCGACGCACAAGCACAACCUCCUGCCCUCGCACCCAGUUUGAAAGGAACCCACACGCCGAAAACCCGAACCCCCCCCCACCACCACCACCUCCACCCUGUCCUCCUCCACGUGGCCCCCAGUUAGGCCCGGCCCUCCGGACACCACGCCUGCUCCGCUGGGAGCAGCCCGGCAGCCAAAACAAAGAGAGGGUUGUUUUUUGAUGGCUUUUUGCUCCCCAGCCGUGAAAACAAACCCCUUGCUGAGCUUCCCAGCUGAGGGGCUGGCCGAUGAAGGAGGAAAGAGGGAGUGGGGGCGGGAGGGGGAUUCUGUUUUGCAAGUGAGGUCAGAAACCCGCAAGGACACCAAUGCGGUCGCUGAUGAGCUGUCACACACACACACACCGAUGUGAGGCGUCGACGAGGUGGGACAGCAGGAAGCCGCUGGCCUGGUGAAGGUACGGCUCCUCUCCUCCUCCUCCUCUCCUCUCCUCCCUGUAAGGCCUUUCCUAGAAGGCGGUCGUCCCCCAAGCACUGCUGGAAUAGUGUUGGGAACAUUCAGUGACACACACACCCACCCCACCUCUGGCUGCCUUUUUUGCGCACACACACACACACACACACACACACACACACACACUCACUUACAUGCCCUUGUGCUGACAUGUUCAUCAGAGACGGCCGGUUUUCAUAAGGUCUCAGCCCGGUUUGCGUUACCUGGAACUGUUGAUGCAGUCGGCCAUGUGAACUUGGAACUGGAAACAGAUGUUGAACUCUGAAGCUCAGUCGCUUUGGCGGCCAUUUGCCAUCUAGACUCUGGAUCUCUGCGUGCGUGUGUCUAUUUGAUGAAGAAAUCCGUUUCCUGGAGUACACAUUUGGGAUCUGAUUUAAUUCGGCCUCACAGAAACGAAAGGAUUACUGAGCUGUUUCUACUUUUUUUUGUUCUCCACCAAAUUCUCUCACGUGACCUUUGUUGUGCUGCUUGUCUUGGCUGUAGUCGUCGACACGAAACUUUGGUAACACUUGACCGAGCAGGAUUCUGCUUAUCAGUUACUACCCUCUUAAUGCAGGUCUUAUCUGCUGAAAAUAACAAGUGCUUCUCUGUCUAUAGUUAUUGUCCACACAAAAUAAUAAAACCAAAUAUAUAUAUAUAUAUAUGUAUAUAUAUAUACGAAAGAAAUAAAACCAUUAGUCAGAGAUCUGGAUCAUUUAAGAACUGAUGCCAUAUUCACCCUGCAGUUCCACACAUCAGCCCCCUGCUAUUUAAACAAACCUUUUUAAUCAGGCCAUUGGUGCUUUGUAGUAUUAUUUAUGCAAACUUUUUGCUAUUUUUUUUAAUUUUAUUUUGUUUUAUUUGUUUGUCCUAAAUGCAGACCCCGGUGUUUUUUGAUAUAAGGUUACCAAGAGCCAUAAAUCCUUUUGGUUUUGCUCCUUAAAGGCGGUGCAGAAGUGUAAAUCCUGUGUAGCUCCAUCUUUUGCGUUCCCGGUUUGAGUAUUCCUGUGAAGCCAAAGUUUCGCCACGUCAGGGGUUUGAGCACGGACCAAAGGUGUUUUUUUUUUUUAUCCCGAAGCAGAAAAUAGUACAUUUGACUGUUUGUCCCAUUUACUCUUUUGUUUUAAACCUGAGUGUUUGACAGACAUGAAGACAUCCCGUUGUAUACAUUAUAUGCCUUAUUUUGAUGUAGUAGAUGACCAUUUAGGAAUCUGAUACCGUAGAUAGGCUUUGUAAAUAUCAUUUUAGAGUACUCUGCGCCACAACCCCUGUGACAACCUGCCUCACCAUGAAAGGCCUUGAGUCAUUGCACAGCCGUCUCCUGCUCACAAGCAGGUCUUUGCUUUUUCUACUGCAGCUGCAGGCAGCUUCGAGCUACAAGUUUGAAAAGCAAAUAAAUCAAACUGUCAAUGUUGUUGCUUUGUAUUAAGCUUAUUUGUAUGCUGCAUGGUACCUUUUAUUGUAAUGUGUGUGUGUAUAGUCAAUUGCACUAUUGUUUGUUUUUAACUAACUUGAAAGUGCAAUAAAACUAUAAAUACUGUUUGUAAUUAAUAAAAAAGGCACCAUUUUACCAUA